UAACGUGAGAGUGGAGGACUUACCUUUCAGCACGAAAAUAUGAGAGCCCUACAUUUGAUCCUGGUCGGUGCCUUCCUGACCCUGCUGCUCUGCCUCCCCAGCCCCAGUCAUGGAGAAUCCUACUUUGGAGACAGCCACUGCAAUUUACAAGUCUUCCAAGAUGUCUCCACCUUCCAACUGUCACUACUGAUUAAGACAAGUCGGCGAAGUGGGCUGCUGCUCCUGGCUGCAGGAAUGGAGGACUACCUUUUCCUUGAGCUCCAAAACGGGAAAAUACAGGCACGGUUGAACUUGGGGGCCGGAGAGGUGACACUGUCCUCAUCUCAGGGAGUACAACUGAACAACCUCCUGGACCACAAAAUCUCACUGACACUGCAAGAUGGCAGACUCACCAUGAUUAUUGAUGAGCUCUUUCCAACAUAUGUUCCUGUGAACGACGAUGGGGAACAGCUCAAUAUUGACCUGGGCAUUUGGCUUGGAGGAGCAGGAGACCUAGAUGCUCCCUACCUCAGCAAUGCCAUUCCCCCUUUCCGUGGGUGCAUGACUGAGGUCAAAUUUGAGUCCCAUCAGUUUGAUAUUCUCAGCACAGCAUUUAAACAAUGCCAUGACACGAAGGAAUCCUGCAGCAGUGAGUUUGAGGCUGGUGAUGGCGAGGCAACUAGUUUCAGCACUCCUGAUUCCUUCAUUUCUUUCCCCACCUGGAGCGGGGCUAGUGGUGCUCCAAGGGUCUUGGAGUUCCUAAUGAAAACCACCAUUGAGGAUGCACUACUUGUUUUCCACCCUGGCAGAGAGUCAGACUUCAUUGCUAUUGGUGUUGUGAAAGGCUAUCUCAGAGGUGUGCUGGACCACGGCAAUGGCAUGGAGGUACUGGAGAAUAUCCAGGUGCAGCUGGAUGAUGAUCAGUGGCAUAGAGUUAAGGUCCAGAUCAGUCAGGAUUCUUUUGUCAUUAAUGUAGAUAGCCAGUCUUCCUCGCUCCCUCUUGACUCAUCGCAAAAACUGGACUUGGUUGGAAACCUGUAUUUAGGAGGCAUCCAGGGGAAAAUGAAGGAGGUCUUUCGUGAAAGUGGGUCCUUAAAUCGUGCAGAGGAGGAAAUGACAGCUGAAUCCUUUAUUGGUUGUUUGGGGGAAAUCAAAGUAAAUCAGAAGGACCGUAGCCUACAGGAUGCUUUGGUGACCAAAGAUGUUCACGUUAAAUGUGAAGGAGAGGACUAUGACUACUCAAGUUAUUAUGAUGUAGACACAACUACAACUUCUCCGCCUGUCCGCAUCCGAUACGUUGAUAUGGACUUGAUUGAACAACAUUGCUACCCAACAGAUGGCACACCAGAGAUUUUCAAAAAUGUGACAAAACUUCUUGAUGUCACACCAUUGUUUGUCCCUGAAGGUGGGGACGUUUUUCUUGAUAUCAACAACUUAAGCCCUACAUUUGACCUCAGUGCAGCGGGAUUGCGUCAGUCAGACAUUAUCUUUACUCUCCAGAAUGAUCCCUGGUAUGGCCUGGUUGAUAUGAACAUUAACACAAAACGCAUACAAAAGUUCACUCUUCUGGAUGUUGUCAAUAAGAAAAUUAAGUAUAUGCAUGAUGGACAUGAAAGGCAUGCAGAUCAAAUUCAGCUAGAGGUGGUUGUUAACAGUGAUGUUUACCUUCCAGAGUGUCUGAAAACUCCCCGUGAAUAUGUCCUCCCAGUUGAAAUACUGCCCGUCAAUGAUAUACCACAACUUAGUGGAGGAGAAAUCGCUAUCACAGAAAAUGGCAGGACGCGUUUGGGCCCAAACCUUAUCAAAAUCAUGGAUUCUGACACCCGCUGUGAUGAAUUAAUUGUUAGUGUAACAUCAGAACCUUCCAUGGAUGUUGGUUACUUAGAAAAUGGUCAACAGCCAGGAAAAAGCAUCUCAGAGUUCACUUGCAGGGAGCUGAAAGAUGGGAAUAUCUAUUUUGUACAUAGAGGGGGAAGUCCUGCUGGAAUUACCUUGGAAGUGUCUGAUGGACAGUCAGUAAGCCGUUCAACUACUUUAAACUUGUCGGUGACACAGCCACAUAUUACUAUUGUCACCAACACUGGCCUUCUCUUGUCUCAGGGAAGCAACUCGUCCAUAGGUAUUCAAAAUCUGGCGGUCCUCGCUCAUCCUCGUAAUGGGGAUAUUAUGUAUAACAUAACACAACUGCUGUUAUUUGGGGAACUACAGAUAAUGACAAGUGAUGGACUGUACAAGCAGGUUACAACUUUCCAUCAAUCUGAUCUGGAUCACAACCGCCUUAGAUAUGUCAGCACAGACUCCAAUGACCAGGAAGAUACUGUGGUGGAGCGGAUUCAGUUCAACACCCACCUGGGGCAGUUCUCCCUUUGGAACAACACCUUCCUAGUAAAGAUAAUCCCUGCACAGGUAAAAGUUUCUAACCUGGUUCCAUUGGAGAUGGAGGCUGGUGAAGAGCAAACAAUCGGACUCACAGAGCUUCAGGCCGAAGUAAAAGGGAAAAACCCAGAUCCACAAACUGUAAAAUACAUCCUUGUCAAGCCUCCGACACUGGGUAGUCUCCAGUUGUUAGAAAAAGAGCUAGCUGAAGGUGAUAUGUUCACCCAAAAGGACAUUUUGGACAGUAGUGUUAGCUACAGGGUCAGGGUGCAGAGAGCUGUGGAUAGUAUAGACCAGUUUCAGUUCAGAGUCUUUGCAGAGGAUCAGUACUCUCCUCUUUACACCUUCCCAAUUAAUAUUUUUGCCAGUGCAGAUGCUCCUGUUUUGACCAAUGAGAGGCUGGUUGUCUUGCAGGGUGGUGAGCACACACUGAACAAAAACUAUCUUUGGAUGCAGUCACCAAGUUCUACAGAUUUUGUUUACCGGGUAACGCAAGGGCCAAAGUAUGGGCGACUGAUUAGGGACUCCCCUCCAGGGCAGCCUAGAUUUGAGGGGGCAAUUAGAGUUUUCAGUAAUGAAGACCUCCAUCUUGACAGGCUUAUUUACAAGCAUGAUGGCUCCAAGACAAGCAGUGAUGAGUUCCAUUUCUCAGCAUUUGAUCAAGGAGCAGAAAGUUCAGACAUUCACGAAACAGUGAGUGGUGUUUUCAGAAUAUCAAUCCAGUCCAAGAACGAGCAUGCUCCUGUGAGGGUUGUGGAUAAAGUCUUAAACGUGGUCCGCCAUGGUCAGCAUCUGCUAACAACUGAUGUCAUCCAGUUCAAGGACGAUGAUUCAGGUUUCAAUGACUCACAAAUUGUCUACGCUCGAGAGGGAAUCCUCUCAGGCAAUAUCGUCUCAACAUCUAAUCCAUCACAGCCUCUUUUCCGUUUCACGCAAGCCGACCUGCGAGAUAAGAACAUCCUCUUCAUUCACCACGGAGCAGAUCGCGAACGCUUCUCACUGCAGGUUUCGGAUGGCUUCCACAAGACCACGGCGCUACUUGAGAUCCAGGCAGGUGAGCCCUACCUGCGAGUGCUGAACAACACAAUCAUUGUCAUCGACCAUGGAAGCACCAAGACCCUUAACACCACCCUGUUGAGCGCUGACACCAACAUGGACAUAAGAGACAACAGCGAGAUAAAAUUCCAGAUUAGAUCCCCACCUAGUGAUGGAAGGAUUAUUGUGAGUGGGGUUGAGGCUUCAGCGUUCACCCAGGAGGACCUGAAAAAAGGUGUUGUGUCGUAUGAGCAUAAUUAUGAGAGUAUGAGGUCCAAGGACUCUUUCAGCUUUACCGUCCAAGCACGAGGACAUUCUGAAGACGGCACAUUCAGGAUUAAAAUAUUCAAGCAAGGUUACCUCUCUGAACCUGAGGUGAUAACCAAUGAGGUCAUCAUUUCCUAUGAGGAAGAGCACACCAUCAUCAACCAGGAUCAGCUCAAGGUGGAGCAAGCUGAUAUUCUGCCUACAGAAAUGGUGUUCACCAUUAAAGAGCCUCCUCAGCUUGGUCAUGUGGUUAUGCUGACAAACAGUUCAGACAGCACGGCGUCCCCUGUCCUCGAGUACAUUCACACCUUCAGUCAAGAGGACAUUGAUCAGGGGCGCAUUCUCUAUGUGUCUGCAUCCAUCCAGGGCAAUGACGCCUUCAAAGUGGAUGUCAGUAAUGGUUUUACCACAGUGGAGGAUUUGCAGAUCUCUGUGAACAUCGUCCCGCGGUUCAUCCCCAUCCAGGCCUUCAACUUUACCGUGAGGGAGGGCCUCAGCAGAGCAAUUAAUACAGAGAUUGUAAACAUCUCACAUCCCUUCUACAGCUCAGCAAACAUCGACUUUAUUGUGGAAGAGCCGCCACAGCACGGUGACAUUCGCUACCUCGAUGGAGACGAACUUUCUUACUUUACAUGGGAGGAGGUGAAACUUGGACACAUCUACUACAUGCAUGACAGCACCGAGAGCACAGAGGACAGCUUCACUCUCUCUGCCUCAGCUUAUGAGAUUGAGCGCCGGAGCCUCCCCGUCACCAUAUCUGUGACUGUCAUUCCUGCCAACGACGAGCCGCCAAAACUGACCCGUAACACGGGCCUGGAGGUCCUUGCGGGAGAGGAAGCCGACAUCACCUCCAGCAUGCUGAACACCGAGGACGCUGACACCCCUGCAGAGGAGCUGGUUUACCACGUCGAGGUGCCAACCAACGGGAUGGUGGCGCUGAAAGAGGCGCCCGAGGAGAGCGUCCUGAAUUUCACACAGGCUCACAUAAACAGAGGAGAGGUCAUCUUUAUUCAUGAGGGUGACGAGUCCGGUGGUUUCAGUUUCACCGUGACAGACGGAGAACACACAUCUCCUCUCUACCAAUUUGUCAUCACAGCCAGGCCGCUCACCAUCACCAUGGUAACACAGGAGGAGCUCAUGGUAUUUCCAGGAACAAGGCAGCCCAUCACCAGUGCCAAUCUGGGGGCUGUAACCAAUGAAGAUGGAAAUGAGAUAAGCUACUCACUCAUCCGCCCGCCUCGUUUGGGAAGACUCAUCCUGGCCAAUGACAGGAACCAGUACGAGGAAAUUACCCGCUUCUCACAAACACAGCUGGAGUCAGGGUCAGUUUUUUAUGAGCACCAAAUACCCGAGGAGCCUUUCUGGGUGGUGAGGGACUCCAUCGAGCUCACCCUGUCAUCCCAACCCGCUCCAGAUGUCCGUCACAUCCUGCCCAUCACCAUCUCUUACUAUGCUGCUCACAGCAACAUCUCCUCGCAGCUGUGGAAGAACAAAGGUCUGGAAAUUGUGCAAGGCCAGAGGAAAACCAUUGACGAUUCAAUUCUCGAUGCCUCCAACCUUCUGGCUAUCCUACGUGAGGCUAAACAAGGUGAUAUGGAUGUGGUUUUUGAGAUGAAGCGUUUCCCUGACCACGGUCGUAUAACCCUGGGCGGUCAGGACCUGCCCCGUAAUACCCCAACCUUCAUGCAGGAAGAUGUAAAUCAAGGAAAGCUGGAGUAUCUCCAUGAUGACUCCGGGGCCUCUUUUGACAGCUUCUCUUUCAGGGCCCGUCUAAAGCCUGAGGGUCUUGAUGUGGCCUCACCUGCCAAGUCUCUGGUCCUGGAGGAGAUCUUUAAUAUCUCAAUCAAACGACGAGGGUCUGACCCCCCUGAACUAGUUACUACAGACAUGCUCUUGGAGGUUCUUCAAGGCUCCAUGACCAUCUUGACCCAGAAGCAUCUCAACACUCAAGAUGAGGACAGUCCUCCAGAUGAGGUGCACUUCAAGGUGACCAAAGCCCCUAGCAAUGGUCGACUGGUUCACUCCCUCACAAUGGACCCCAUCUCUGAGUUCACACAAGAGAUGGUCAAUCGUGGGCAGGUGGGCUUCUACAGUGACAACAGCCUUGCAGAUGGCUUUGUGGAAUUUAUUGUGUCAGAUGGAGAACACCAAACAGAGCCACACACGCUCCACAUUGGUGUCCUAGCUCGCACCUUGUUUCUUGACAAAGCUCCUGAGAUCAAGGUGAAACAAGGUGAUGAUGAGACCCUGGUGACCGAAGAGAUGUUGAGGGCAACUACCGGAGGCCCUGUUGAGGAGGACAUCCUUUACAAGAUCACUAGCGUUCCUAAGUAUGCAGCUGUAAUGGUAGACCGGCAGCCCACAUCCGCCUUCACCCAGAAACAGAUCAAAGAAGGCCGUGUCAGUGUCCGGUUUGUGAAGUCCACUUCCCCUCGAGAUAGUGUUGCAUUUGUGGCCCGCAGUCGGGCUGCUAAUGUCUCCUCUGUCCUCAACAUCACAGUCCAGCCUCUGGCCAACAUCGCUCAGGAUCCUCUCUUACCCCAAGGUACUCUUGUCCAACUGGACAGGAAGCUUCUGGAUGCAACACCGCUGGCAAACAAGACUAGAACGUCCCCCACGUUCACUGUCAUCCAACAGCCACGGGGGGCUCGUUUUGUGAGGUCUGGAGGUCCUGGUGCAGGUCAGCCAGUGAGCACAUUCAGCCACAGGGAAUUGGAGGAGGGCCGUGUAGCCAUGGAAAUCCUAAAUCACUCUUCUGGAUCACAAGGUGGUGUGAAUAAGGAUGAGGCCCACUUCCUGCUCAAAGCCCAUGGGGUGCCUCCUGCUGAAUGUGUGCUUUCCUUCCAGACAGGCCCCUACAAUGCCUCUGGGGUCUACCCGGUCACUCUCUUGAGGAUGCCCUCAGAAGACCCAGUUACCACUCCAACUGGCCCCCGCAAGAGGAACAACAUGGACUGGCCCCAUGGAGAUGCCCCCACUACAGCAUCUUCUGACUCUAGCUCCCACGAGACACCACAUGUUUCGCGACGCAGCAACUUCUGGUCUAUUCUCAUCCCCAUCCUGGUGAUCCUUCUCCUUUUGCUGCUGGCAGCCAUCUUGGCCUACUACCUGAUCCGUAAAAACAAGACAGGCAAGCAUGACGUCCAGACGGCAGCGUCUAAGCCCAAAAACGGAGAGGUGGCCGGCACGGAAACCUUUCGCAAAACUGACCCAGCCAAUAACAUCCCUAUGUCCAACAUGGACUCCAAAGAUGCAGACCCGGAGUUGUUGCAGCACUGUAGGACAACGAACCCGGCCUUGAAAAAGAACCAGUACUGGGUCUGAGACACUCUGAGAUACAGUAGGACACAGAGAGAGGUGGAUCCUCAAGUGUUUGGAAGCCUCCUCCAAUCAUUCCUCUCAGUAUUAAAGACCUCUUGCCACAGUAGUUUAAAUGAAAUUUAUUUUUUGAUGCUAUUGGUUAUACACUUAUCUUUACACAACUGUGGAUAAAUUCUCAGGCAAUGAAACACUGAAUACAUAUUGGCAAAGAAAGAGGCAGUUUCUUAUCCUAGGAGGUUCAUGUCAUGUCUAUUUAUUUUAGUUUUGUCAUUCCUCUUUGUCAAAGGUCAAAGAUAAAGACAUAAACAUGCCAUAUGUUUGCAAAAAGUAUUUUGGGUGUUCUCUGUCAUUGUAUUCCAUAUGAUUUAAUAGGCCAAUAUUAUUCAUUUAAGUGGAUAGGUAAUUUAAAGUCUUGGUUAUAGUUUGAUUUUAGUUUUUGGUUCAUCAGAAAAAUGGUUAAGUGUGUACAUAGAUGAUGAGGUAAAUAGAUUGCUGUAUUACUCAAGAAGAUGACAAACUGCCUCUUAGUGUUUACUCUAUAUUUUUUAAUGUUUUAAAGGUACCGUUGUAUGUUGUUUCUCAGGGCUAAAUUCAGUUUAAAGAAAUAGUUUGAUAUAUUGGGAAACAAAAUUAUUCACUUUCUUGCAGUAAGUUAAUAUGUGUCUCUUAUAUGUGUCUGUUAAAUAUGAAGCUACAGCAAGGAGUGGUAUCAAGAGAGUGAAUAAGCUUAUUUCCCAAAAUGUCAAUCUAUUACUUUAAUGUCAUCACACAAUAACAUUUCAGUAGUUUGAUUUUUGCUUGGAAAGCAGAUGGUUUAAUACUGCAACAAGUUUAAAAUCGAAAAAUUUGUUGCAACACCUUGCACAGGUUUGAUUGAAUUUAGCUCCGACUCAUAUGUUAUUAUUUCAGCAUGCUUCCAAAGUGCUUGUAAGUAUUCACUGGACUGGCACAGCACUGAAAGAAAAACUACAUGGUACACAGUUUGUAGACCACAGGCAGUACGUCAUUUUGUUAGUAUGGGUCUUUAACACAUCCAUAUUGGCUGACAGGCAUGGGUGAGGUCAUCUUAAACUGGGAUUUUUCUAGUUUCCACAUCUGCAAUUAAGAAUUCACAUAAACUGGUUGGUGCCGGGUAGGGGAUAAUGAAUGAAAUGCUCCGCUGGGUAGGUGAAGUUGAUUUAAAAUGAAGACAUUGACAGAGUUUAAGUCUUCAAAGCUAUUUCUGAUUUUAAGCAUUCCGUAUGUAAGCUGAAUAUACAGACUGUCAUAUACUGAAAUCUUGAGAUUUUUUUAAAACUCUUUAGACUCGUUUUGUAUAUUGAGCAUUACUGUAAAGGAGACUCUCUUAAGACGUCUUUUUUGUCCCUCUGACCUGUCAUGGUUAAGUUAUCUGAUUGUUGAAUAUUGAAUGGCACACUUCAGCUGAAGUAGAAAGUGUACAACGAGAAAUUCAGAAGACUUUUUGGAUCCACUAAAGAAAAGAAAGACUCAAACAACAAAAUUUUCUUAUAUUUUUUUAAAGUGUUUUACUAUUUGCUGUAUAUUUCUUUUCUCAUACUGUAUACCGAUGACACCUUAUUCUUCGUUAGUCAUAUACUGAAUAUACAAUUAUUUCUUUGCAGUAUUCAUCGUCUAUUGAUUUUCUAUUUUUGUAGUGUUUUGAGAGCAGGAAAUGUAGGUAGAGAUAUUACAGACAGGGCAGAGCUCAGAAAGUGAGCAUGUAAAUUACAUUGACAUAAUCUCUCAGAGAUAGCUGAAAUAAAACGAUAGGUCCCUCAUUCACUCAUCACAUCCACAUCUUACCAGUUUUAUGUGUAAAUAUUCUCUUUUUGAGUAAGAACUUUGGGCAUCAAAGGUAUAUGCGCAUCUAACUACAUGUAAUUAGAUUGAUCAACUACAAAGUAUGCGUGAGUUUUUGUGUGUCUGUGUGUGUGUUUGUGCAAGUGUCCAUCUCACUCCUCUAUUUUCUGCUUUCUGAAGUUUGAGGUCAUUGCAGAGUUUCAUCGCCACCCCACAUUUUUCAUUAUUUAUUAUUUCUGUCACUCCCCACACAUCAAUUCAUACUCAACUCAUGUGCUCUGUCGGAGAUUAAACUGUUAUCUUUAAACUGCAGGUGCCUUUGAAAAAAAAAUGUACCGUAAUACAAAGCAAUGUUUAGAUUCUGAAAAUAGAACAUAAAUGUCUAUUGAAGCUGCAGUACGCUUCUGAGCUUUUUCUCAGCACUAAUGACAAUAAAAUGUUCAUGCAACCAAACCUGCGUUCAUCAUUUUCUCUGUAACUUUUGCUGAAAUUAUACAUCUCCAGGCUGCACGUAGG